CUCUCUUCUCCGGCUCCUCCUCACCUCCCUGGCCCUGCUCCUGCUACCAAAUCCAGACGUGCUAGACGUACGGCCCGUUGCAGUUCUGCUUCCGCCAUCGUAACGCCUUCUUCCAUACUUUCCAUUGUUUUUUUUAAACCUGCUGCACGCCCACCCUUUUCUCGUGAUUGUUUUCCUUUGCUUCUUCAAUCAUUCCACCUGCGAACUGCUGCGUGCUUGCGCCAGCUACCCUUUUCUUCUUUUCUUUUUUGCUCCCCCUCCAACCCACACACAACUACCUGAGGUGAACCUCAAUCGACCUGCCUCUCCUUCUACCUCACUCUGUGUUCGUGUGAGCGUGCUUGUUGCUUGCGUGGGCACGAGCACCCCGAGUUGAAUCAAGCCUCGCCAACCCACUCCUCGAUCCACCCACCCAACCUGUCCGGAUUGGGUUUUGCUCAGCAACAAUCGCUUUCUGCGACUUGCCAUUCGCAAUUCCUGCUCUCCUGAUCGGUUCCCGCUUCAGCUUCCGUUGUUGAGAUAGACAAAGUGUUGGGCAAUCCCAAAGCCCGGUUUGUUCGAUGCAAGACAUUACUGUCUAGGCAUAUGCUUUUCGGCUCACGGCUGUCCGUCUCCCAGUUCUGGGACCAUACUGGCUCUUAACCUGCAAGAGAGUCGUCGAAGCAAAUCAUGACAAGCAGAUUGGCUAACCACCUGGGCGUGUCAGAUACACACACCAAUAACCGGUCAUCGAAAUGGAAUACCUCACGUUACAAGACCUCCCGCACCGCCAUUUCUACGAUCACCGUAGGUUGGCCUCACCAGAAUCCCAGCACGGCGCCGAAAAGCAGCUGCCAGGACUGUCAGUGCAGAACCCCCACAUGAGACACUCGCCUCCAUUCCAACCGGGCGAACAGCGCCCUUCCAACACAUUGCCCUCUUUCUCACAGCUCCUCCAAAAUGUGCGCGAGCCAUCGCCGCCGCGCACGCCGUCGCGCCAAAGAGGUUCCAUGGAGAGCUCGCCCGUGUCCAGAACUCACUUCGAUGACGUUUCCUGGUCCACCGAGGGGAAGCGCCGCCGUAAUGAUACACUCGUCGGCGACAUUCAUCGUCCUCAAAACGCAACCGAUUUCCCUGCUUCCGCAUACGACUCGCGUCGUGCAAGCACAGUGGACGCCAUCAGUGCCCCCGUUCAACAACCAACUUACCCUCCAAGCGCAAACCACCACCACCGCCCAAGUUUGCCAUACGCUGCUCCGCCUUCUGCAGUCAUGGGAGGCCACGCCCGCCAUCACUCGACUUCCGGUGUCCAUCAGCCCGCUCAGUACGCUCCUCAUCAGCGUCCUUCAGUCGUUGCCGCCGCGCCCUACCACCAGCAGGCCCACCCGUAUGAGUACCCCGGCAGUUACUAUCCUGAGCCUCAUAAUGUGUUUAAGCCGCAGGAUCCCUACUAUGGCCAGCCGCAUUACGUGGGUGCUCCUCCACCUUACGAGGGAGCCGUGGCAUAUCACCAGCAGCCUUCACAAUAUAGCUACACCUUCCAACCCGCGAUGAGCGUCGAUCAGAAUGGGUACGGCAGAAGGCGCAGGGGUAACCUCCCCAAGGAGUCCACUGCGAUCCUCAAAGAAUGGUUCCGUCACCACCAGGACUCACCAUACCCCACCGAAGAUGAGAAACUGGAGCUCUGCAGGAAGACUGGUCUCACCUUGAAUCAGGUUUCUAAUUGGUUCAUCAAUGCUCGUCGGCGUGCUCCUGGCAAGGAAGCGCAGCGCGCCGAAGCUGCCCAGCGCGCAGAGUCUCAGCAGCGUUCCGACUCAGCUACUCAACUAGGGAUCAACGAGUCAUGA